ACGAGGACUACUUCUCCUGCCUGCCGGCCGACACCGAGUUCGUGGCGCUGGCUAAGAACGAGAAAUGGUCCGGCAAGAACCGAGGUACCCCGCGGGUGCCGGUGCGGGGCGAGGGGCAGGCGGGGCCGCUUGGAGGAGUUGGGCGGACGCGGGCAGAGGAGGAGUGAGCUGUACGGCCCGGCUCCUUCCCCUCGCACGGAAAAGGGUCGUGCGCUGCAGGACUUGUCCCUCCACAGAGCAGCGAGCAAACAGCAGCCAGUGCGAGCUGUGCAACUGAGAGGACCCUGGGGGGCUAAGAAUGGAGACUGCCUCAAAGUUGUGCCGUCUGAUCAGCCACGCAGGGGGGCUGAGCUGUGAGACACCGCGUUCAGCAAAUGACAGUCUAAGUGCUCUGUACCAGCACUACAGAUCUUGCUUCCCGAUUCUGACACUGAAGCCAAAGAACCUAAACAAUGGUGGUACUACCUGGCUCUCAGAGUCUAUAGAUGAAGUGGAUAGUGCUGUAGAGAAGUGGAAGCAGUUGGCCAGGCAGCUGAAGGAUGACCUGUCUAAUAUAAUUUUGAUGUCUGAAGAUGACCUCCAGGUGCUUAUUGAUGUACCAUGUUCAGACCUGGCAGAGGAACUUGAGCAAAGUCAAACCAAAAUCCAAGUUUUGCAGGACACCCUGCAGCAGGUGCUGGACAGACGAGAAGAAGAACGCCAGUCAAGGCAGCUCCUGCAACUCUACCUAGAGGCCCUGAAAAAUGAGGAUAGUAUCCUCAGCAAAGUAGCAGAACCUGAGACUGUACCAAGAAAGGAGAUGGAUGUGGUUGACGCAGGUACCAGCAGUACAGGCGUUUCAGCCAAAACAGCACUCAGUGACCAGAUCCUUGCUGCUCUGAAAGAGAAACCUGCCCCAGAACUCUGCUUGGACAGUCAAGAUUUAGAGCUGGUUUUCAAAGAAGACACAGAAGCCUUGGCCUUGGCUCUAAGCUGGGACAAGCAGAAAGCUGAAGCUCUUCAGCAAGCCUGCGAUCAGGAGCUCUCUAAGCGUCUACAACAAGUGCAGACUCUGCAUUCCCUGAGGAGCACAUCAAAGGGCAAGAAAACACUACCUUGGGGAGACUGGCUUAGUUCAAAACGGAAGAAAUAAGGCUGUGUAGCACUGCUUCAAGUGUCAAGGAAAUACAAGUCUCUUUUGCAUUAGUACCAACACAAACAAAAUACAUCCACGGUUUGCUGGCCAUACUGUGGUCUGGCUCUGGACAACUAAAAUCUGGACAUUGUCCUGAGUUAAACUCCUAUGAUGACUCCAAUCAUGUGUAACUGAAGGGACUUUGACUUUUUGCAGAAUACUAGAACAAUGGUAUUGCUAAACAUAGCAUGCAAGAGUUCAGCUCUGAAUACUGUGGUGUGAGCCAGAAACUUCCAUCUGAUAAUACUGGAUCUGUCCUCUGAAGCCUCAGGCAAUAUGCUUACCUUGUCUUCCUUCCUUUACAAGGAAAACAGUGGGAAAAUAUCUACCUCACAAAGGACGCUGUGAAGCGCAGUUAAUGAUUAGAAAGAAGGCACUUUGAGGGUUGCUCACUAAACACACACCACUCAUGCUUUGGUAGGAUUUAUUGUGAUUGGGUCUAAUUAAACUGUCAUCAUAGUGGGUUGUUUUUUUUUUUCUCCUCCCCAGCUGCUGUCUGGCUCUGAGUUCCAGCCUGGGAUCUAGAAACUUGAAUUCUCAUGCUAAUUUCAUCAAUGAAAGCAAAAUUAAAACCCUUUAACUUCCUUACUAUUUCUGCAAGGUACACCUGCCUCAGGUGCUGUACAAGCACUAGUAUUUCUAACACAGAGCAGAAGUGGAAAAGCUUGUUUUGAAAGGCUCUGGGGCAUAAGUCCUUGCGUUGGGCCUGUCUGUAUUUCUGUCUUAAUCAUUGGCACAGUAUCAUGACACUUUUUUUUGUAUUAACUGGCUUAUUUUUAAAUUGGUUGAAGUGGGUUUUUUGAAUGUCAUUAAAACAGUUUUACGAUACUGUUGAA